AUGAGAGCAGUGACCAUCUUCACCGUAACCAUCGUCCUGGCAGCCUGUCUCCUGAAGAGCACCGAGGCGGUGACCUGUACCGCUGAUCCCACCGUCACCGGAUGCAUCGACUGCACCGACACCGCCAACGCCUCGAAUGCUGAAUGUGUGGCUGAGGCAGCAGCGGGCACCACAUCCACUGAGGCUGUCACGACCACUUCCACCACGGAAUCCACCACCACAACCACGACCACAUCACCGACCUCAUCCAUUGGAGGCAAUCGGAAGAUCGUCCGUGUCAGCAACCUGACGUACACAGCCAGGAGGCGCAUCCGAGUCGGAAGCACCACCGCCAGCACCACAUCCCGACGCGGAAAUGUCAACAGGCGCUCCGCCAAUGCGAAUCGCAACCGAAGGAACGUGAACCGUAGGAAUGGAAACAAUGCCAGGCGUGGCAAUGUCCGAGGACGCAAUGGCAACGCCAGGGUUCGCGUCGUUGUUGGUUAA